AUGGAGGAUGAAAGUGAAUAUAAAAAGUUGCCAACUGAAGAGAAAUGCGUUCACAAACUAUGGAAGGCCCGAGUAGCUGGGUAUGAAGAGGCCAUUAAACUAUUCAACCAGAUUGACGAUGAGAAAUCAUCUGAGUGGAACAAAUAUUUAGGACUCAUUAAGAAAUUUGUGACAGACAGUAAUGCGGUGGCACAGGAGAAAGGUCUGGAAGCGGCACUGGUAUUUGUCGAAAACUGCGGGCAUGCUGGCAAGACGACAGGUGAAGUUAUGUCCGGUAUCGUUGCAAAAUGUAUCGCGGCCCCCAGAACCAAGACUAAAGACCUCGCUCUACAGAUUACACUGAUGUACAUAGAAAUAGAAAAACAUGAAAUAGUUGAAGAGGAACUGCUUAAAGGGAUGGAGCAAAAGAAUCCUAAAGUGGUGGCGGCUUGCGUCAGCGCCCUCAAUACGUCCUUGAAACAAUUCGGCAACAAAGUGAUCGCCAUCAAACCUAUGGUGAAGAAGAUACCAGUGCUCUUGGCUGAUAGAGAUAAGGCUGUUAGGGACGAAAUGAAAGCCCUCGUCAUUGAAAUGCACAGGUGGAUAGGCGCCGCUAUCGAACCACACAUAGCAUCUCUCCAAGCAGUUGUGCAGCAAGAACUAAGAGAAUCAUUCGGCGGUAGUGGAGGAGCACAACCCACGCGCUACUUACGGUCCCAGCAGAACCGAGUCCGGGAUACACCAGCUGCUGAUUGUGCUGAUGGUGCUGGUGAGGAUGACGACGCUGAAACUGGCGGCGGCGAUUCAGGCGAUAUGGAUCCAUACGAUCUACUUGACCCAGUCGAAAUAUUAUCAAAACUGCCUAAAGAUUUUUAUGAAAAACUCGAAGCCAAGAAAUGGCAGGAGAGGAAAGAAGCCCUUGAUGCCUUGGAGGCUCUUUUGAAGACGGCACCCCGACUUGAACCGGGCGAUUAUGCUGAUUUAGUUAGAGCCUUGAAAAAGGUGAUAACAAAAGACACAAAUGUGAUGCUAGUCGCACUGAGUGUCCGUCUCACGGGUAUGAUCGCGACCGGGCUCCGCAACAAGUUCACGCCCUACGCCACCGCGUGUGUGCAGGCAAUACUUGAAAAGUUCAAGGAGAAGAAGACCAAUGUAGUUGUUGCAUUGAGAGAGGCGAUCGACGCGAUAUAUCCUUGUACGAAUCUAGAAGCAAUAAUGGAGGAUAUGCUUGCGGCUUUCGAUAAUAAGAACCCCUCAAUAAAGGCCGAGAGCGCGCUGUUCUUAGCUCGCGCCCUGUGCCACACGCAGCCCGCCGCGUUCAACAAGAAACUGAUCAAAGCCUAUGUAGCUGGCUUGUUGAAACUCAUUGAAAGCGCUGAACCCACAGUACGUGACGCGGCUGCAGAAGCAUUGGGCACAGCUACUAAACUAGUGGGUGAGAAGAAUAUUGCACCACACAUUGGUAAACUGGAUAAUUUGAAGGAACAAAAGAUUAAGGAGUUUGCUGAAAAGGCUGUAAUCCAUGUCAAAAUAGCAGCUCCUAAGAAAGAAACUAAAGGAAAACCAACAGCUGCACCAUCAGGCAAAGGUGAUGCCAGAUCAACAGCUGGCUCCGUUACAGCAAAACCUGUCAAACGACCUGCUUCGAAGUCAGGUCCGGCGAAGAAGGCGGGCGCGGCGCGAGGCGCGAGCGGGCCGCCGCGCGAGGCCGAGCUGUCGCCCGAGGAGGUCGACGCGCGCGCCGAGCUGCUGCUGGCGCCAGACGUGUUCAACGGUCUAGGCGAUAGCAACUGGAAAAAUCGUCUUUCAGCUGUACAAAGCUUCCACUCGACAGUGCAAGGCCUGACAGCUGCCGAUACUACCUCACAAGUAUUAUAUCGUACACUUAACAAGAAACCAGGUCUAAAGGAUACCAAUGUACAAGUUUUGAAGGCAAGGCUGGAGGCGUGUAAAUACAUUACAGAGAAUUUCCCAGUUUCUACCACCGCAGCAGACUUCGUUCUUCAAGACAUAGUGACUAAAUUAGGCGAGUCGUCAUGUUCAUCAUUAUGUGCCGAAUGUCUAACGUCCCUAGCUGAAGGAUGUGGAUUAGAACACGUGCUUAAUGAGAGUCUGUCAUUCGCGAUGGACACACAGAAGAAUCCUAAAGUACAGUCGGAGUUGUUCAGCUGGAUGGCUAACGCUAUCAAGGAGUUUGGUUUUAAUAUGAACGUGAAAUCUAUUAUCGCUCACUGCAAGAAAGCCUUGACAGCUACAAAUCCAAACGUUCGCACUUCGGCAGUGAACUUCUUGGGCAUACUGUCUCUUUACAUUGGUCCGUCACUGAUCAACCACUUUGACAGUGAGAAACCAGCCACUAAACAACUGAUAAGUCUCGAAUUAGACAAAUACGCGAACAGCUCUCCACCUACGCCGACGAGGCAAGCUGGAACUGUAAGCAAGUCGGCCAGUAAGGCGUCCGUCGGUGAGGAGAUAGAGGAGGCGUUCGAGGACGCGGCCGACGAGGAGCCGCCCGUCGUGGACGACAACCGCCCGCGCACUGACAUCGCGCCGCUCAUCACUGACUCACUCGUUGCCGAGAUGAAUGACAAGAACUGGAAGGUUCGUAAUGAAGCUUUAGAUAAAGUGAAGGCGAUUAUUACAAACUCAGCUCCGAUUAAGCAAUCUCUAGGAGAGCUGCCAGCCGCACUAGCGGCCAGACUGUUGGACUCAAACUCCAAGUUGGCUCAGAGUGCUCUACAGAUUUGCGAGUGCAUAGCUACGGCUAUGGGACCGAGAUGUAAAAAUCACGUUAGAACUUUCUUCCCACCAUUCUUUCAAGCGUUCGGCGACAGCAAGCAGUGGAUCCGCGCGGCGGCCGUGUCGUGCGUGGAGGCGUGGUGCCGCGAGGCGGGCCCGGCCGCGCCGCUGGAGGGCGAGCUGCUGCUGGACGCGCUCAAGGCGGGCAGCCCGCUGCUGCGCGCCUCGCUGCUGCAGUGGCUCGCCGAGCACCUGCCCAACGUUCCACCAAAGUCGUUCCAGCGUGAUGAGCUGUCUAUUUGCGUUCCCAUACUGUUCAGUUGCCUGGAGGACCGCGCCGCAGACGUACGCAAAGUAGCCGCCGAUUGCGUGCUGCCUUUCAUGUUGCAUUUAGGAUACGAACCUAUGCAUAAACAGAUGGAUAAAUUAAAGCCUGGGUCCAAGACUGUUGUACAAGCCGCUUUAGACAAGGCUAGACCAAAUCUGCCAGUGCAACCAUUACCAACUAAAGCAAAAAAGGAAGAACAGCGCGGUGUCAAAUCAGCUGGGGCUCUUAAGAAAGAAGAAAAGAAAGGCACUGCUGUUAAGGGCAAGGGUCCUGCUAAACCUGCCUCGGCUACAACUCGUGGCAAAAAGGAUGAUGAAGACAGUUCACCCUUACUACCUAACAAUAAUGCAAAGAACCAACGGAUUAUCGAUGACCAAAAAUUAAAAGUGUUGAAAUGGAAUUUCACAACGCCACGCGAGGAGUUCUUUGAGCUGCUAAAGGAACAAAUGGCGAGUGCUGGUCUCAACAAACAACUUGUCGCUAAUAUGUUUCACAAUGACUUCAGAUACCAUUUAAAAGCAAUAGAAGCUCUAUCUGAAGACUUGCACGAAAAUGGCCAAUCGCUCAGUGCUAAUCUAGACUUGGUACUAAAAUGGUUAACAUUACGGUUCUUCGACACAAACCCAUCCGUUAUUCUCAAGGGGCUGGAGUACUUGUCCAUCGUAUUCCAUUACCUCAUAGAGAGUGAUUACACAAUGCCCGAAUAUGAAGCCAAUUGCUUCAUACCUUAUCUUGUACUAAAGGUGGGGGAUCCAAAAGACACAGUUCGCAACGGCGUGAAAGCAUUGUUCAAACAAAUAUGUGUGGUAUACUCAGUGACCAAGUUGUUUGGAUAUUUGAUGGAAGGUCUCAAGUCAAAAAACGCGAGGCAGAGAGCUGAAUGUCUGGAGUGCAUCGGGCACCUCCUCGAGACAUACGGGUCCACGGUGAUGUGCGGCAGUGGCGGCGGCACGCUCAAGGAGCUGGCGCGACACAUCGGGGACAGGGACAACGCUGUACGCUCCGCCGCUCUCAACUGCGUGGCCUCUGCUUACUUCCUAGAGGGAGAGAAAGUCUACAAGAUGAUUGGACAGAUAUCAGACAAAGACUUGUCGCUAUUGGAAGAGCGUAUCAAACGCGCGAGCAAGAACCGCAAUGCAGAGUCCCGCCGCUCCAUGCUCGUUCCUCUCUCAGCUUCCGGACGUCCCGUCAUGGUUCAACAGCAUGAAGAGCCUGAACCUAGGCGGGUCAUUUCUGUGGACACUAGUCCAGUUGAAUACGAGGAGGAAGAGGAACAGAUCCAACCUCCUCCACCACCCAACCCUGCCCCACCAGAACCGAAAGUCAUAACAGGUCCUUUUGGGCUCGAUCCGGAAUUGAUAGCGCAGCUCGACGCCGCUGUGCCAGUGUUGCGACAACCAGACGUAGAGGAGAUUGACCUUCGAUUUCUUGACGAGCCGAUACCUAACGCGAGCGUCAGACCCAAUAUUUCACACACACAACCUCCGAUCAGAUCCAGCAUGGUGGGCAUGUCUCCCCCUCGGCACGUGUCUCAUGUAGGCCACGUGGGCCACACGGCUCUGGUGAGUGGGCAGGCGCCGCAUUCGUUACCCUCGCACGUAGACGAUUCGCAGCUUGCUGACACCAUACACUCGAUAGCUAGUCCUGACUUAAAUGCGGCGAUCCGCGCGCUGUCGCUGAUCUCGGGCGCGCUGGUGUCGGGGCGCGGCGCGGCGCUGGCGGCGCACGAGGCGCGCCUGCUGGGCGCCGUGGCCGAGCAGCUGCGCCGCCUGCGCCACGCGCCCGCCGCCGACGCGCUGCCCGCCUACAAGUACCUGGCCAGCGCGCUCACCACCUUUUACGAGACAGCUGGUUGUGGUUCUAACGUAGGUGAGCAGGCACUAUGCUCACUAGUGGGCGAACUACUACGAGUGCUGGGGGCGGGCGGAGCUACAGGCUCUGACGGCGAAAGACUUGUGCGGAUACUCAACAAUGUCUGCGUCAGAGUGCUCGAACAUUCACCGAGAACACCUCUGCUUUGUGCCAUAGUAUCCCUGUUACAUGAAUCCAUUGGCGUCUCCGACCCAGCAUGUCCACGCUACCAAGAUCUACUUCUAAAAUGCUUUUGGAAAACACUUAAGAUGAUAUCCUCUUGGGAUGUGAACUCCAUAGAUUACGAUGCGGUGCUCUACAGAAUACACCUUUUCUAUAAGGCUUAUCCUAACAGUUAUUGGAAAAAAAAUCCAGAAAUAAGUGAUACUCCUUAUAGAACAGUGAAAACUUUGGUGCAUACUCUAGUCAAAAUGAAGGGCGGUACAAUCACAAAUCAUCUCACACAAAUACCGGACGUUAACGAAUCAGAUCUUUACCCGUAUCUACUUAAAGUAUUAAAGCAAUUAAAACUAGACGAGAAGAAAGAAAACACAUCAGACAUAUUAAACGGUGGUUCAGUUCUGGCGUCAGUGCCGCCGAACAAUGCGGCGUUAGCGGCGGGCAGGCUGCCGAGGGCUGUGCACGAGGAACUCGCGCUCAUAUUGAAGAGAAUCGGCACAAAAGAGCAUAACAAACAGGCUUUGUCGCAACUUUACGAUCUCAGGGAGCGUCACCCCGAAGUGGACAUCUGGACGUUCAUGCAGGGCUCUUCGUUCUACUUCCGCAACUACGUGGAGCGUGGACUGCGCGAGGUGGCCGACCAGAGAAAACUCUCCUCCAUGCCCAUCUAUAAACACGACUUUAAGGCUGAUAAUAUCGAUAUAACCAACGAAAACGAAGAGAAAACACAUGUUGUAUUCAUGGAAAGGCUUCGAGCUUUGCAGGCCAAAGCAGGAUUAAAAACCGAGUUAUCACCAGCAUCCCAGCCCCGGACACCGGUGGGGGACAAUAGAACAUUUACUGACUCUAUCAAUGAUAACACAUUGUCUCGUGGACACAGCAUUGAUCCUCAACUCGAGUUGCACACGCAAUCAGUAGCACAAAGGAACGAAGCUGAAGUAGACGCUUUACGCCUCAAAUUGCAACAAAUCAAGAGUUCAUCGAAGAGAUAA